GGGCGGGGCGUGGGCGCGCAGAGGUCGCCGUGCUGUGGUACUCGUGCUGUCCUGCUGCGUCCAUUCCCGCGGCGCGCCAUGGCCUUCGUAACCCGGCAGCUCGUACGCUCCAUGUCCUCCGCCGCCGCCUCGGCCUCGGCGAAGAAGAUCACCAUCAAGCACGUGACGGUCAUCGGUGGCGGGCUGAUGGGCGCCGGCAUCGCGCAGGUUGCUGCAGCCACUGGCCACACUGUGGUAUUGGUGGACCAAACGGAGGACAUCCUGGCCAAGUCCAGAAAGGGGAUUGAGGACAGCCUAAGGAAGGUGGCAAAGAAGAAGUUUGCAGAGAACCCCAAGGCUGCAGAUGAGUUCGUGGCAAAGACCCUGAGCAGCAUCUCGUCCAGCACAGAUGCUGCGGCUGUGGUACACAGCACCGACCUGGUGGUGGAGGCCAUCGUGGAGAACCUGAAGGUGAAGAAGGAGUUCUUCCAGAGGCUGGACAAGUUCGCAGCCGAAGACACCAUCUUCGCCAGCAACACGUCGUCCCUGCAGAUCACCAGCAUAGCCAACGCCACCACCCGGCAGGACCGCUUCGCCGGCCUCCACUUCUUCAACCCCGUGCCAGUGAUGAAGCUGGUGGAGGUCAUCAAGACACCCAUGACGAGCCAGAAGACGUUUGAGUCUCUAAUGGACUUCAGUAGAAACCUGGGAAAGCACCCUGUGUCCUGCAAGGACACGCCUGGCUUCAUUGUGAACAGGCUGCUGGUGCCCUACCUCCUGGAGGCUGUCCGGCUGUACGAGCGAGGUGAUGCGUCCAAGGAGGACAUCGAUGUGGCCAUGAAGCUGGGUGCCGGCUACCCCAUGGGGCCUUUCGAGCUCUUGGACUACGUUGGGCUGGAUACCACGAAAUUCAUCCUAGAUGGGUGGCAUGAGAUGGAUUCGAAGAACCCGCUGUUCCAGCCCAGCCCUUCCCUGAGCAAGCUGGUUGGGGAGAAGAAGAUGGGCAAGAAGUCCGGGGAAGGCUUCUACAAGUACAAGUGACUUGCUUGCCUUGGGGGUCGUGGGAGCCUGAGGCUCCAGUGGGAGUGCAGGGCGGGGCAGGGGCUCUCUCUGGUGCACCUGUGCCUGGCCCUGCACGGAGAUUCCUGCCUGGAGCUGAGCCGACCCACCCUCACUGCGUUUCCACUGAGAGCCUUACACCUUGGUGCCUUGGCGUGGGUGUCUUUGAGCCUCUGGCUAUAUACCCUUCCAGCCCCCAUGUGGGAGGGGCGCCCUUCCUCCCAGAGCCCUCGAACUGCCACCAUGCUGUCCCAGGUCCCCUGGGGUCUUGGGGCUUUGGGGGUGCGGGGACACCAGCCGCCAUGUGGACUGAGCAGCUCUGUCUAUCACCACCAUGGCGGGGGGGAAGUAUCCAGACCCGCAGGGGUGUGUGGUGGCUGUCUCCUCUCUGUCCGUGAGAAAUCAGUGCUGUACACAGCCUCUCCUUGAUUCUGAUACAGUGGGAUCCUUUAGUCUGUGAAGCUUUGAAUGGGAAUAAACACCUGUGAUCUAAUGGGCAGAA